AUGUCGGACAUGGAGCAGGAAUGGAAACCAAAGGGUCGCCCACAGUCGACCAUGGCUCAGGCCUUUUCCUCAACGCUGGAUAGCGUCUUCGCACUGGAUUCGGAGGUGGAUCACCUUUCGCAGACUAUAGAUCAGAAUUGGGUUGACCAAUGGUCCUGGCACCUCAGGAGAUUCCAAAUGAUCAUACAAACGAGAGAGCUGGAGGAACUGCAGGCCAAGAUCCGCGAGACUGAGCGACGUCUGAAAGCUCGUCAAUCGCUCAUCAUGGAUGGAAACGGCUCGGGAAACAGCGCAGGCGCAUCGAAGGUGGAGAACGAAUAUCGGACAGCAGAUUCAGCGGGGCAGUACUCCAGCAGUGACGAGCAGCGAGAGCAAGACCGGAACGGCAACUCGUGA